UUGCAUCUUCAGCAAGAUAAAUACUAACAACGAGAAGUGAGAAUACUUGUUUUGUGUUUUUAGGUUUGGAAAGGCGCCGUUUUAAGCGAGAUAAGAAAUCGACUUACCCUAUCCCCGAAGAGUUUGUUUUUUGAUCAUCUCUGGAAACUCUCGGACUUGCUUCUUCUUUCCUCGCCAAUAGCCUUUUUCUCCGCAUUGACACGAAAUGGCAGAGUUGAAUAACCACGCCGUGUUGCACGAGGAGGAGGAUACUGAAGAUGGCCAUCAUGUUCACUUUCCAGAGGAUGUUACUGCUAACACAGAAAUACAACUGCGUAUGAAGGGAGAAUCAAUACUUAAUGCUCACUUGGGCUUUCUCCAGCACAGACACAAGUAUGAAAUACAACUCACUGUUCCAAUAGCUCCAGGAUCCACAUCAUUAACACCUGUUAUCAAUACACCUUUUAUAGCUGUAGGAAAUGUCAACAGUCUGGAUGGUAAAGGUCAUGAAAUCACACUGGAGCUAGAUGCACACAAGGAAGGACUCCUUAGGGACAAAUUUGUGCUUAAAAAUGAAGCUGAAGAAGAAUUUGUGAUUGUGCUUCAUGCAAGAGUUCUUGGAGCACGUAAGGGAACUCCCAUGCUGAAGGAAAAAAUACGAUGCAUACACCAUGCAAAAGAUGAAGAAGAAGAACACAGUGACUGGACAGGCUUUGAAUGAUGAGAGGAGCAGUCAUUAGUAGAUACAAAGAUAAUACUGUUAGUGUAUUUUGUGAUUUAAUCCUCUGCUCAAAAGCUGCUUUUUACAUUUUUAAUAGCUGUGACUUUUUCAGGGUUGGGGGGCAGGGGCGAACCAGCUCAAGGUCCAAACCCUUACCCUUUCAUGUACCAUUUUUGACAGGAAAGCUAAUCCUUUUAGAAAACAUCCUUUGAAAAUGGUACCAACUCUCCACCUGGAACAUUCUUGCACACUCAUUCACUAAUUUUAAUAUAUAGAUUUAGCCCAGCCUAAAAGCAGAGCUCCUGUUGAGUUUUGUAACUUUGUGGUGAGUUUUUU